AAAAGUUAAACUUCUUCGGAAAAAUGAGCUUCUCGAAGCAUUUGCAAACGAUUUUGGAGGAAUUGUUAAUUCCUGAUAAUAAGAGGUCCGAGUAUACUAAGGAUGCGGAGGAAAUUCAGAAUUACGUGAUAGAAGAACUAAAACGUGUAGAUAUACAUACCUUUUGCCAAGUUUUCAACGGACUUAGCUUGGGUGGAAGUUACUUUGAUCGCAUCAAACUAAAUGUUCCCGAUGAAUUUGAUCUGCAUAUGAAACUAAAAUUCCCAUUUGAUAUCAUCCCGAGACCUAUCUACAGUGGGUUUAUCUAUUUGGAGGGAAAUUUGGUCGUAGCCGGAAUCCAGCGCAUCCAUCGUGUGCAUCUUCAAGAUUGGUUGCGCAAUGCAUUCAACAAAGUAUUCAAAACGGAUAUAACUUUUACCAGUAACAGUGGCCGUGUUUACAAAUUGAAAUACACGCUACAGGGCUAUGGUUGUGCGCAUACCAUUGAAGCCGUCAGUGGAAGUCACUCGAUAUCUUUUGAUAUGGUGCCGGCUUUCGAAUUCUCUGGGAGGCAUUGGCCGCUUGCAGUUCCCCCGGUUCCUGCUGAAGUACGGGAAAAUUGGCCUUGGUUCGCCAUUCCGCAAAAAAUGCCCAAGAAUAAAUCUAGGACUACAUUCAUGGUUUGUGCACCUCAGUGGGAGCGAGAAAUUAUGAAGGACUCGGAUAAUUUGAAGAAUGUUCUACGGUUGAUGAAAGGAUUAAGAGACGCCCAUGCUCGGAAUUUGCCACACUUGUCCAGCUACAUGUUGAAAACAGUUGUGCUCCAUCGAAUCGCAAGUGUUGAUUGGCAAAGGGAUCUGGGCACUCUCUUCGUGGAGAUGUGGAGUCAUUUGGUGGAUCAUCUUAGAGCCGGUAGGCUGGAAUUCUUUUUGGCAAAGGAUCACAAUAUUUUCAAUCGUAUGAAUAGUGGUGAAAUUAAGAAAUGUUUAAAAGCUUCUGAGAAUUUGCUCCAAAAACUCCGCAACGCUCAGUUAAAUGUCAGAUAUUUUGAUUUGGCAGAACUUUUUGAUUGUUAG